UCUGCUUAGGAUAGGGAUCCAAACGGCCUUUUCCUCGCUCUCCGUACUUCGUGCCUCUCUCCUUCAUCUCUGCCUCGCUCUUGCUUUUGUUGGUUUGCUCUUUUCGUGGCUUUGACUGAAGCUCGGCUGAGUCUCACGUGGGAGAGUCGGACGCAUCUUUCUGAGGCUUGUCUGGCCGUGGUACCUGUCACUUGCGACCAAAUAAGGAGCCUGGUGUGCCGCACGUCUCUCCCUCUACUAUUCCCCUCUCUUUCGCUAUUCUCUCGUUUGACUACCUACCCAUACAGACGCACAUACACUGACGGAGUUUGGAUUACGUUUCCUUGCCUCCUGCGGCGCUUUUGCUCUUCUACUUUGGUUACGUUGUCUUGGCUGUUUGCAUUGCCUCUCCGCGCUGCCUGCAUUUUACCAGACAUAACGCCAACCUCGACUUUGGUUCCAGCUCUUCGAUCCACACUCCAUCAAGCGUUCCAUAUACUUUUUGAUUCAGCAUAGGCAAAAUUCAGACCACGACACUUCUAAAAUACAAAAGCUCGCGUCGGAGAACCGGAAGCAGAGGAUCAUUCCCUGACUAAAGUUAUUACCCAUCUCAAUGGCUCCGGCCUCAUCACGUCUCUUCCCUCGACAGGGCUUCGGUGACAAUGACGGUCCAGGCGACUUUGGCGACCACAGGGGUCCUGGCGAUGGCAAGGGAGUGUCGACCUGGGCAAUCCUUGGUAUAGUGAUUGCCAUUGCCGUUAUUGGGCUCAUUGUUGGCUUCGUGAUCUUCCGACGCAUUCGACGCCGCCGCAGCAGGACGGCGAUUCCUGCAAUUAACCUCCACCCCCCAACAUCGAACAAACCUCCAUCAACUACCCCAUCAGCGGGCGACCCCUCGAAAUACGGCGCCAGUAGCAAUGGAGGGUACACGGCGACGGCCGACCAGAACCAGUCCCUGCUGAACAACGCAGAGGCACCCGCCAUCGUCACGUGGGAUCCCAGGGCAUCCGAGCACGGCGGCGUCGGGUCCACGCAGGACGGGUUCGGAUAUGACAACAACCUCAACCUCCUCCAGCGGCCAGCCAGCGUGGCCAGCUUCUCCGCCCCGCCUCCCCGGUACGAGGAAGCUACCAGCGGCACCGGCACUGCUGCUGGGCCCCGACCACAAGGCGAGGCUGCGAGCUACUUCAACACCGCGGUGCCGAUGGGCCAGGAGCGCGGACGUAGCCUCACCCGCGAAGGCGAGGGAUCGAGGCCGCGCGCCCUGAGCGUCGACCAGAGGAGCAUCAACGGGGACCGGAGGCGGAGCAUGUCGCGGUUCAGAGAGGAGGGCAUGUUCGACGUCAACGUCGAAGCGAAAAGCUGAUCAUGCCUACAUUUCUUUUAUUAUUUGGUUAUUGGGUUCGAUUCCCUUUUUUAAACACCCCGUUCGUUGCAGCAUGGCUGGAUGAGCCAUAUGCACAUGCAUGCAGGCACGUUUUGUACGGAGUUCCGGGGAAAACAUCGCGGGAUAUGAUACCUUGAUGUACAUGGUUUUAUGGAUAUACAAUACUCAUGUGGCUUGAAUGGUACAAAUUCUGAUUUCGGAAGA